GUGCAAUGAAACCCCUGCCAACAUCCAGUCAGAGUGCAAUGAAGCCCCAGUCAACAUCCAGUCAGAGUGCAAUGAAGCCCCAGUCAACAUCCAGUCAGAGUGCAAUGAAGCCCCUGCGAACAUCCAGUCAGAGUGCAAUAAAGCCCCAGUCAACAUCCAGUCAGAGUGCAAUGAAGCCCCAGUCAACAUCCAGUCAGAGUGCAAUGAAGCCCCAGUCAACAUCCAGUCAGAGUGCAAUGAAGCCCCAGUCAACAUCCAGUCAGAGUGCAAUGAAGCCCCAGUCAACAUCCAGCCAGAGUGCAAUGAAGCUCCAGUCAACAUCCAGUCAGAAUGCAAUGAAGCCCCAGUCAACAUCCAGUCAGAGUGCAAUGAUGCCCCAGUCAACAUCUAGUCAGAGUGCAAUGAAGCCCCAGUCAACAUCCAGUCACAGUGCAAUGAAGCCCCAGUCAACAUCCAGUCAGAGUGCAAUGAAGCCCCAGUCAACAUCCAGUCAGAGUGCAAUGAAGCCCCAGUCAACAUCCAGUCAGAAUGCAAUGAAGCCCCAUCAGAGUGCAAUGAAGCCCCAGUCAACAUCCACUCAGAGUGCAAUGAAGCCCCAGUCAACAUCCAGUCAGAGUGCAAUAACGCCCCAGUCAACAUCUAGUCAGAGUGCAAUUAAGCCCCAGUCAGCAUCCAGUCAGAGUGCAAUGAAGCCCCAGUCAACAUCCAGUCAGAGUGCAAUGAAGCCCCAGUCAACAUCCAGUCGGAGUACAAUGAAGCCCCAGUCAACAUCCAGUCAGAAUGCAAUGAAGCUCCAGUCAUUUUCCAGUCAGAGUGCAAUGAAGCCCCAGUCAACAUCUAGUCAGAGUGCAAUGAAGCCCCAGUCAACAUCCAGUCAGAGUGCAAUGAAGCCCCAGUAA